AUGAAUGAUAUAGCAGUAUUAGCUUUUAGCAAGGAGGUUAUCAACGAUUUAAAAGACCGUCUCUCCCGUCACAGACCAUUUAUUCCACCCCUAGAAGGCGUUCAACAUCAAUAUGGGAUCAACACAAAUCUACUUAACAAAAUUGUGGAAUAUUGGAAAAACGAAUACAACUGGAAGGAACGCGAAACAUUGCUGAACAAAUAUCCCCAUUUCAAAACCAAAAUCCAGGGACUCGAUAUACAUUUUAUUCAUGUAAAACCAACUACCGCCGUAUCUGAAGACAUUCAAGUGCUUCCGAUUCUACUCCUUCACGGAUGGCCGGGAUCUGUUAGGGAAUUUUACAAUCUCAUUCCACUAUUAACAACACCAAGAGAAGACCAGAAAUUUGUCUUCGAAGUUAUUGUUCCAUCUUUACCAGGAUAUGGAUUCUCAGAUGCGGCUGUAAGACCAGGUUUAGGACCCCCUCAGGUAGCUGUCAUCUUUAAGAACCUCAUGGUACGUCUGGGGUUCGAAAAGUUUUACGUGCAAGGUGGAGAUUGGGGUGCCAUUAUUACUAGUAACAUAGCCGCCAUGUUUCCCCAAAACGUGUUGGGACUUCAUUGUAACAUGCCAUAUGCUAGAACGCCUUGGGCAACCAUAAAACAAAUCCUAGGGAGCUUCUACCCCUCUUGGGUUGUCGAUAAACCAAAUCAACACAGAGUAUACCCUUUAAAAACAUUUUUUGGAAAUUUUAUACUUGAAACUGGAUAUAUGCACCUGCAAGCUACGAAACCUGACACAAUUGGAACCGCCUUAAAUGAUACUCCAGUUGGUUUGGCAGCAUAUAUCUUAGAAAAGUUUAUAUCUUGGACUGAUCAUUCUUUGAUUGGGAAGGAAGAUGGUGGCUUAGAAAGGAAAUUUAAAUUGGACGAUCUAUUGGAUAAUGUCAUGAUUUAUUGGGUAACUGAGUCAAUUACCACAUCAGUAUGUUUAUACGCAGAGAACUUCUCUAAAGAGAAUAGAACCUUACAGUUAGAAGGGAUGAAGACAAAACAAAAUUAUUCAUUACUGCUUACUCUCUCGUACUCAUCGAAGGGUAUGGAGUGACCCAAACUAACCUCAUGUAGCGGCUCCUGCGAAGUUAAAGUUUGACCGGCUCUGCCUUAUAUAAUGGGCUCCAAAGUGCGGCAAGCAAGAUACAAAACACACGAAACCACAGUAACAAGUAUCA